AUGAAAGGCGGAAGGCGUUCAUCAAUCCAGAAGCGCCUCAAUUGGUUUGAAGAAAGUUUUCUUAAAAAAUUUUUUUCAAUUCAAAAAAAGGUAAUAGAUAACGUACCUCGAGGCAAUUUGCUUGCUCGUUUUCUCAAAAAUCCUCCAAAACCUCCAUCCCCUCCACCAAAGAAGGAAUUUAAAUGGGCAUUGCCAACAACUUCAAAAGCAACAGAAUCGACAUAUUGGAAGCCGCCACCAAAGCCUCAGCCAUACAAAUCUUCUGCCCCAGAAUACAAAGAAAAUCCAUUAAUUAUUGAACCAAUCCUUUUCCCCGAAGAGCAAAAAGUUUAUGAAGAAGAAAAACGAAAGGAAGAGGAAGAGAAGUCGGGAGGAAAGAAAGGAGAGAAAAAAGGAGGAAAAGUUGAAGGGAAAAAAGGAAGUGGAAGAAUUGAAGAGAAAAAUAUUGGGAAGAAAAAAGACGCGGACAUAAAGAAAACGGCCAAACCUGAAGUAAAAAAAGAGACUGGGAAAAAAUAUGAAGUCAAAAAAUCCCCAGCCAAAAAGGAAGAAAAAGAGACUGGGAAGAAAAAAGAAGUAAAGGAAGAUGUGAAGAAAGAGAAGAAUUUAAAAGAUAAGGAAGUUAAGGGGAAGGAAGAAAAGGAAGUGAAGAAAGGGAAGGAAGAGAAGGGAGAGAAGAAGGAAAAAGGGAAGGAAGAGAAGAAGAAACCAGCGAAGGAAGAAAAGGAGGAAGAAAAAAUUGUUGAUGAAGAUAUGGAAGAUGAGGAAGAAAACAUGGAAGAUGAAGAAUUAAGUGCGGAACUAGACGAAGAGGAAGAAAAUGUGGAAGAUGAAGACAAGGAGAAUGAAGAGGAGGAGGAGGAACCAAAGAAAAAGAAGCGAAAAAAGAGCAAAAAGAAUAAAAAACCUAAAAAGGUUAAAGCUGAAAAACCAAAAAGAAAAUGGGUACCACCUCCAAGGCCUCCACCAGAAGCAAUUGAAAUGCCUCCAGAAGAAAGGCAUUUAUGGGAGAUUGGAAGAGAGGAAGUAAGGCAUGGAAAUAGGCCUGCAAAAAUGUACGCAAAAAGGGAAAAAGCGUAA